CUACUAUCAACAGUCGAUAUUAGAAAUCUCGAUCUCGAUACCAUUUUCCAAAUUCCAAGAAAAAUGGAUGUUUGAUGUCUUGAUAUUAACGUAACAUUAUUGUCUUGUUUGUAGGAGUGUUUCAAUUUAUUUCUUCUAGCUUGUAAAUAUUUCGAGAUACUUGAAAUAGACCUACAAAUAAAUAUUAAAUGAGAAUUGAACCAUGGCCAACAAGAAACUAGACGACUGCUAUUUCUACUACUACUCAACUUGUUUUAAGGGACGUGAGUGCCCAUUCCGACAUGAGGAGCUGGCCUUGGGCUGCGAGACCGUCUGCACCAACUGGAAAACAGGCAAUUGUAACAACCUGAGAUGUCAGUACAGGCAUAUGCUGCUGAAGAAAAACAGAAAAGUCAUACCCUGUUUUUGGGAAUCACAGCCUAAUGGAUGCCGUAAGCCGCACUGUCCUUUUCUACAUCAGGGAAAGACCGAUGGCGUCAGUAAAGACACUCCAACCGUGAGUGCAGGUAUGACCACCCAGAGCUCUGGCGUGAGUUCAGUACCGAAAAAUAUCGCCGUAGACACGACCAGUCAUCACAAACACGAGGGAGGCCUCAGGAGGCCCAACCCCAGCACUCUCGAGAACGACCUCAGCUUCUCUUCGCCCCCCGUCGAUCCACUUGUCGUCAAGUUCGAAGAAGAAUCAGAUAAUGAACUAGACAUUCCAUCGCCGUGUAAAUCGGUUGCUCAGAAGAAAUCCUGGGUGAAAACGCUGGAGGAAAUACGUCUGGAGAAAAUCCAAAAACUUUCAGCCGCCUUCUACAGUUUCACCGAGGAAAUUGAAGCCCAGAACCCUAGUCAAGCCCCGGCGGAUGUUAUGAUGGACGUUCUAAACAAGGCGAUAGUAAAGGACUUGAGUGUGCUGACAAAGUCGACUAACAGGACUCUGGUGAAGUCGACAGCGAAGCGGAAGUCGAGUGAAGACGGCGACAGUUUGGGGUUCAGGGUUCUCACUUUGGCUGAGAUCCGAGAAAAGCGGCAGAAGAAGAAUCAACUGCAGGAACCGGAUUCUACAUGGGAGUCGGAGAGAGUGGGAGAAGAGAAAACGUCCAGUGAUGACGUCAGCAAUCAGGAAAGCCGUGUCAGAUCAUCAAGUCCUGGCACAUCAUCGGUUGGAAGUAGCGCAGCGGUUGAUGCUCCAAAACAUGUCAAGGAACGUUUCAGAUCAUCAAGUCCUGGCACAUCUAGGAGCAGUGCAGUUGUUGAUGCUCCAAAACAUAUCAGAACAUCAAGUCCUGGCACAUCAUCAGUUGUUGAUGCUCCAGACAAACAAAAACAGGUCGACGACAUCAAACAAUCAUCAGGAACACCAGAAUCCUUUAUUGAUGUUCCAGGGAAGAUUCCAAAGGAAAUUGAUGAUCCUCCUCAAGAGAAAAGCUCACAGAAAGCUGUUUUUGAAGAGAGUACAAGUAUUGAUGCACCUCAGCAAGAAUCAAGCCUGAUUAUCCACAAGGCAUCUGUGAAGAUCAGUCCUCAGAAGCUGUAUAGAUGCACAGAAGGUGAAAGUGUUGAUGUCCCUCAACAAAAGGCGAAAGAGAUAAAUGUGGUUAGUCCUUUGCAACAAUCAACAAAGGUUGCAGACAUUGAUGCUUGUCAAAAACAGAAACCAGUCAAUGUUACAAGUCCUUUGUGCCAAGUUGUGCCUUCCCAAAAUCAACAGAAUAUUGAUGCACCUUCAAGGAGUCAACAGAAUGUUGAUGUAGCUUCAAGGAAUCAGAGUAUUGUUCCACCUUCACAAAAUCAACAGAAUGUUGUAGCUCCACAGAACCAACUGGCAACUGAUGUACCACCUCAGAAUGUUGAUGUAUCACCCCAGAAUCAACAAAACGUUGAAGUAUCUUCGAAAAAGAGGCCAAUCCGACUGAAGAGAACCAUGAGACGUGACACACAAGAAGAAUCUGACCAAGGUGCAAAUUCUGGUAAAAGGUCCAAAAUUUCUGAAGAUGAACAGGCUAGCUUCUCGCUGAACUCUAGCCGAUCUGAGGAUGCCGAACAGAGUUACAGUAAUUUGUCGGAAAGCACCUCCAAUCCUGGAGAAAUGGAUACUGAGGAUAUCCUGAAUGGCAUUGAUGAACUGCUUGGUAAUUGAGGAGAAAUGGAUACUGAGGAUAUCCUGAAUGGCAUUGAUGAACUGCUUGGUAAUUGAGGAGAAAUGAUACUGAGGAUAUCCUGAAUGGCAUUGAUGAACUGCUUGGUAAUUGAGGAGAAAUGAAUACUGAGGAUAUCCUGAAUGGCAUUGAUGAACUGCUUGGUAAUUGAGGAGUAAUGGCUACUGAGGAUAUCCUAAAUGGCAUUGAUGAACUGCUAGGUAAUUGAAUAGUUCAUGCCAACCUCAGUGAUGGUAAUUUAUUUUCUAAUUACAGUACAUCCAAUUCUGUAGAAGUGGACACUGAUAGUAAAAUAAUUGAUAAAUUUCUAGAUAGUCAAGUACGAGAUUAUUAAUAGAUUUACCUUACUUGAAAAGAGUUGCCUAAAAUUGAAGCAAUAAUAUUAAUUGAUUUUGAAAUUUAGAGUAUCAGCACAUCGAAUGCUAAAAUUGUGUCUUAUAUUCACUUAUUAGGGCCUUUUUUCAUCCAAUAUUACGCUGUAUGAAGGUUAUCUUAAAUUACCUCACAUUGAAUGCUGGAAUUGUGUCUUAUAUUCACUUUAUUAAGGCCUUUUUAAAAUCCGAUAUGUCAAAUAUUAUGCUAUUUAAAAAUUAUCUUAAAUUACCACACAUUAAAUGCCAGAAUUGUGUCUUAUUAGGGUAUUUUUCAUCCAAUAUUACGCUUUAUAAAAAAUAUAUUUAAUGAGUGUGUCUGCCAUUAUCUAAUAUAUCUCAUGUUUCGUAUUCGACCAGUGAUUCAUCAAUUUUUAUCUUCACAUUAAUGACGUUUUAUGUAAUAAUUUAUUUAUCCGAAUUAUGUAUUCAUGAAUAUAUUGCUGGCGAUGAAGAAUAAAAACUGUUUAAACACUUAAAACACCUGAAACUCUCAAUACUAUUGAUUAGUAUUAGAAUUAAACAGUUUUCUUAACUUCACUCAUAAAAUUCAGGUGCCUUUAAGAUUCUGUAUCUUAUAUAAACCUUUUUGUUCCUCACAAAUUCCACUUGUGUCACUUAUUUUGUAUAAAUUUAUGAUAUAUUAGUUGUAAAUUGCAAUGUGAGCUGUAGGGUAAUAAACACCAAUUUUUAAUGGAUUAUUAA